UACUCAGAGGCCUCUGACAAUUUCUUUCAUUUCAUUCGUGGAUUCAGCCAUCAUUGAAUCUAUAUUCAGUGUUAGGAGUCAGUGUCGAUUUCAAGAAAAGAAUAAUUUCCAUAGCUCUCAACAGCUCCAAACAAUUUUGAAUUCUUUUCGUCGUUUAAAUAUUCAGCAAAAUGGCUCCCAAUGAUCGAUUCAAUGGUGGAGGACGUUCGGCAAAUGGUACUGCCGGAAGUGGUUCGUAUCGUGGAAGUGGAAGUGGCGGCGGAUAUAGCCGAGGUGCUGGAGGAAGUAGUGGCGGUUUCAAUCGAGGAGGUGAUCGUAGUUCAGGUGGUGGAGGUUUUCGUAGUGGCGGCGGUGGAGGAGGUCGUGAUUUUGGACGUAGCGCAAUGGGAGGCGGUGGACGUAAUCAAACAUCAAACGUUCAAUUGGCGAUUCCCGAAUGGGCAACUGUUGAAUUAAGUGCGUUCAAGAAGGACUUCUACAAGCCGCAUGAUUCGGUGAAAAAUCGUUCCCCACACGAAAUCGAACGGUUCCGUCAGAAGCACGAAAUUACCGUCGUUGGUAAUGCACCGAAUCCGAUUCAAUCGUUCGAUGAAGUUUACAUUCCCGACUAUGUGAUGAACGAGAUCGUUCGCCAGAAGUACGACAAACCGACAGCAAUCCAAGCCCAAGGAUGGCCGAUUGCAUUAAGCGGAGCGAAUAUGGUGGGAAUCGCACAGACUGGAAGUGGAAAAACUUUGGGCUACAUCCUACCGGCUAUCGUUCACAUCAACAACCAACCGAAUCUACAACGUGGUGACGGUCCAAUCGCUUUAGUUCUCGCUCCAACCAGAGAACUCGCUCAACAGAUCCAAACGAUCGCAAAUGACUUUGGUUCGGCCUCGUACGUUAGAAACACGUGCAUUUUUGGCGGAGCCAGCAAAGGGCCGCAGGCAAGGGAUUUGGAGCGCGGGUGCGAAAUUAUCAUCGCAACUCCUGGACGUCUGAUUGACUUUUUGGAAAGCGGAAAAACGAAUUUACGUCGAUGCACGUAUCUAGUUCUCGACGAAGCAGAUCGUAUGUUGGAUAUGGGCUUUGAGCCCCAAAUCCGCAAAAUUUUGUCACAAAUCCGUCCCGAUCGGCAGACGCUCAUGUGGAGUGCCACCUGGCCGAAGGAGGUUCGACGAUUAGCCGAGGACUUCUUGGAUUCGUACGUUCAAGUGAAUGUAGGAUCAUUGGAACUGUCAGCCAAUCACAACAUUCAACAGAUCGUUCAAAUUUGCACGGAAAAUGACAAGCAAGACAAACUCAAAAAUCUCUUACAAGAAAUCUACGAAACCGACGAGAACCCAGGCAAAAUAAUCAUUUUCAUCGAAACAAAGCGAAAGGUCGAAACAAUCUGUCGAUUCAUUCGCAGUUUCGGUGUCAACUGUGGUUCACUACAUGGCGACAAAUCCCAGCCGGAAAGAGAUUUCGUGUUGCGAGAAUUCCGUACGGGUAAAUCCAACAUUCUGGCAGCUACAGAUGUGGCCGCUCGUGGAUUAGAUGUCGACGGAAUCAAAUUUGUUAUAAACUUUGAUUAUCCACAAAAUUCCGAGGAUUACAUUCACCGAAUCGGACGUACAGGACGUUCGGAAUCAAAGGGAACAUCGUAUGCAUUCUUCACCGAUGCGAAUAUGAAACAAGCCAGAGACUUGGUCGCUGUUCUACGAGAGGCUAAUCAGGAAAUCGAUCCAAAACUACAAGCAAUGGCAAACAGAGCCGGUAAUUUUGGUAGCGGUAACCGACGAUAUGGCGGCGGUGGUGGCGGCGGCGGUAAUCGUUCUAAUUUCGGAACGUUCAAACGUGGACAAAUUUCGAAUGGUCGCGGUGGAAAUAGUGGGGGAUAUCGCGGCGGACAACAGAACGGUUACAGUAGUAGUAGUAAUGGCGGUGGCAUGGGUGGUUCGGCGGCUGGUGGUCAUACACGGUUUAAUUGAAAUUUUUGAAUUUAAUCUAUAAAUUUUCUAUCGGCAUUUAGAGGAUAAGUUAAUGCGUAAUUUUGUAGAAUUAAUUUUAAAAUCGAAAUGAGAAGCUAACAGAGGACGACAAAACAAUCAAUCAAACAAAACAAAAAAACACUAACACACCGAAUCGGUUGAUCUAAUACGCAUUCGGCGUUUUUCUUAUUUUCUUUUUGAUUUUUGAUUUUUUUUAUUUUGAAUUAUUGGAUACACUUUCUGUGAUUAAUUUUGAGAAAACUAACAAAACAAAGAAAUGAACAUUGUUAGCACCUUAGACAUGUAUGCCACACACACUUGGAGCACACACACACACAUACACGAACACCCACACAUCGGAGAACCAUGCAUCCAUUUUUAUUUAUCGUAAAUGAACUCAUUCGGAUAAUUCAAAAUGUACAAACAAAACCCAUCCAAUUUUAAUUAUUAUAAUUAAUUGGCUAAAUUAAUCUAACGUUUAAUUUAUGUGGAAUUUAGUUUUCUAAGAAAAAAAAGAAAGAAAUGGAAACGAAACUCUUUGAUGACUAGAGUUUUUGGAAUAAAAGAUCUUCACUU